CCGCGCUUCUAUAAAUAUGAGUGGCUUUCCCACCGGGGGAGCACAUACAACAUCCAGAGGAAAGCGGUGCCUUUAAUUGACUGGACCGAAAAAGUACAGCCAGCCCUGUGCCUCGAAGGCAUCCCAUUACAGUGAAAUGAGCUAAGGAUCGGCGCUCGGCUAUAUAAACCGGCAGAAGGGGUUUGCUCUAACCACAGUUUGCCUUACACUGUCCAGCAUCUCUCUCUCUUUCUCUCUCUCUUUCUCUGGCUCAGCCUGAUGCCACAGAAAGGGAGAACUUUUCCCACUUUCGUUCCCAGAGGCAGAAGGAGCGCAAGGCGGAGACGGCUUUGUUAAGCAUCCUCUCUGGGACAAAGCAGGAUGAGAUAAAACAUAUUCAACGGCAAAGAGGAUCUUCAAGAGGACAGAGACCUGAACAGCAAGAGAACUUCUCUCUUUUGGACUGUGAACACAAGACAACGCCGAAGUUUUAAGAGGAUCAUUGACAGAUCCGCACCUCAACAUGGGCCUCCCAACUUGGGUUUUGGCCUUGGUAGCCAUAUCUUUAUUCAAUCAACAUGUUAGGGGUGGACUCAUCAAAAGAAUCAUUCGACAGAAACGGGAAACAGGGAUCAAUGCCACAUUGCCCGAGGACAACCAGCCGGUGGUCUUCAACCACGUCUACAACAUUAAUGUCCCUGUGGGCUCCCUGUGCGCUGUGGACUUAGAUCCAUCAAGUGGGGACUCAGAACUCAAAGCUCAGACUGAGCCAAGCAAACACUAUCAGGAGCAUACGUUGAAUGAGGAUAACCAGAUAGUCUUCACGCAUCGGAUAAACAUCCCCCGACAGGCGUGUGGCUGUGCGGCAGCUCCUGAUAUCAAGGACCUCAUAAGCCGGCUUGAAGAAUUGGAGGGACUGGUGUCUUCUCUGCGGGACCAAUGCAACAGUGGAGUUGGGUGCUGUCCCAAUGCCCAGACAGCAGAAGGUCUCCUUGAUGCCAAACCCUACUGCAGUGGACGAGGAAACUACAGCAAUGACAUCUGUGGCUGCAUCUGUGAAGCUGGAUGGAAAGGACCCAACUGCUCCGAACCAGAAUGCCCCUUGAAUUGCAAUGGCAGGGGGCUGUGUGUCAACGGCAAGUGUGUUUGUGAUGAAGGCUUCACUGGAGAUGACUGCGGGCAGAGGACAUGUCCAGGGGAUUGCAACGACCAAGGGAAAUGUGUUGAUGGACGAUGCAUUUGCUUCGACAGCUAUGCCGGUGAGGACUGUAGUAUGGAGAUCUGCCUGGUGCCCUGCAGCGAGCACGGGAAGUGUGUGAAUGGACAGUGCAUCUGCGAUGAAGGCUUCAGUGGGGCAGACUGCAGUCAACCCCUAUGCCUCAACAAUUGCAACAAUCGGGGACGCUGUGUGGAAGAGGAAUGCGUGUGCGAUGAAGGCUAUACUGGUGACGACUGCAGCGAACUCAUCUGCCCCAACGACUGCUACGACCGCGGGCGUUGCAUCAAUGGGACCUGCUUUUGCGAAAUGGGGUUCACUGGAGAAGACUGUGGGGACAUUGCUUGCCCCAACAACUGCAAUGGCAAUGGGCGCUGUGACAACGGGGUGUGCGUCUGUUAUGAAGGCUUCACCGGAGAUUACUGUAGCGACCGGAGGUGUCCGAAGGAUUGUAACAAGCGUGGCCGUUGUAUUAAUGGGCAGUGCGUCUGCAGUGAAGGGUUCUUGGGCCCUGACUGUAGUGAAGUGAGGUGUCCCAAGGACUGCAACAACCAGGGGCGUUGUGUCAACGGCCAGUGCAUAUGUGAUGAAAGGUUCAUGGGGGAGGAUUGCAGCGAGCUGAGAUGCUGGAACGAUUGCAACCAUCGAGGCCGGUGUAUCAAUGGGCAAUGUGAAUGCAACGAGGGCUUCAUGGGGGAUGACUGCGGUGAACUGAAAUGCCCCAACGACUGCCACAACCGAGGGAGAUGCAUCAAUGGGCAGUGUGUGUGCAACGAGGGAUUUGUGGGAGAGGACUGUGGGCAGUGGCGGUGUCCCAAUGACUGCCACAAUCGGGGACGCUGUGUAGAUGGCAAAUGUGUGUGUGAUGAGGCCUUCAUGGGCAUCGAUUGUGGUGAAUUGAGGUGCCCCAAUGACUGCAAUGGCCACGGCCUGUGUAUUAACGGCCAGUGUGUUUGUGAUGAAGGUUACACGGGCGAAGACUGUGCAGAACGGACCUGUCCCAAUGACUGCAACCGGCGUGGCUUGUGCAUCAAUGGCACAUGUGUCUGCAACCAAGGGUUUGUAGGUGUCGACUGCGGAGAGCUGGCUUGUGUCAACAACUGCAGUAACCGAGGCCGUUGUGUGAAUGGGCUGUGUGUGUGCAAUGAAGGUUUCAUCGGAGUGGACUGUAGCCAACGACAGUGUCCCAGAGACUGCAGCAACCGUGGUCUGUGUGUCAACGGUGUGUGCAUAUGUGAUGAAGGAUACCAAGGGAUUGACUGCAGUGAACAGUCUUGCCCCAACAACUGCAAUGAUCUGGGUCGCUGCAUCAACGGACAUUGCUUCUGUGAUGAAGGCUAUGUCGGGGACGACUGUUCUGAUGUAUCACCUCCAAAGGAUCUGAAAGUUGUAGACGUGACAGACAAGACGGUCAACUUGGAAUGGAAGAAUGAAAAUGUUGUCACUGAAUACCUCAUCACUUACGUCCCUACUGGCAUUGGUGGCUUAGAAAUGCAGUUCAAGGUACCUGGAAACAGAUCAUCAACCACCAUCCGAGAGCUGGAACCUGGUGUAGAAUAUUUCAUCCGCGUCUUUGCCGUCCUCAAGAAUAAAAAGAGCAUCCCCAUCAGUGCUCGGGUUGCCACUUAUUUGCCUGCGCCCGAUGGCUUGAAGUUCAAAUCUGUCAAAGAGACAUCAGUAGAUGUAGAGUGGGACCCUGUGGACUUUCCAUUCAGUGGAUGGUUGAUCGAGUUCAACAACCUGAAAGAAGAAGACAAUGGAGCCAUACGAAGCAGUUUAGAAAGUCCAAGGACGUCCUACAUGCAAAUAGGCCUGGCUCCAGGACAGCAAUAUAACGUGUCGCUUUAUGUAGUGAAGAAUCAAACCAGGGGACCCGGUCUCUCCAAAAUAGUGACAACAAGACUUGAUGCUCCAAGCCAGAUUGAGGCCAAGGAUGUUACAGACACCACCGCCUUGAUCACAUGGUUUAAACCCUUGGCUGAGAUCGAUGGGGUUGAGUUGACUUACGGGCCAAAGAGUGCUCCAGGGGACCGGACAUCGAUUGAUCUCUCAGAGGAUGAAAGCCAGUUCUCCAUUGGAAACCUGAAGCCACACACAGAAUAUGAAGUGACAUUGACGUCCCGACGAGGGGAGAUGGAGAGCGAUCCUGUGACAGAAACAUUUAUCACAGAUCUGGAUGCUCCAAGAAAUCUGAAACGCCUCUCCCAGACAGACAACACUAUCACCCUUGACUGGAAGAACAGCCAAGCCACACCUGAAAUGUAUAGGAUCAAAUAUGCCCCAAUUUCUGGAGGAGAUCAUAUUGAAGUCACUGUGCCCAGAAGCAACCAAGCCACCACCAAAGCUACACUCACAGGUUUGAGACCUGAAACAGAAUACGGCAUUGGUGUGACAGCUGUGAAAGAGGACAAAGAAAGUGCUCCGGCUACAAUUAAUGCUGGAACUGAUUUAGAUAGUCCAAAAGAUUUGGAGGUCACUGAUCCUACUGAAACCACCCUCACCCUGCGAUGGAAGCGACCCUUGGCCAAAAUUGACCGCUACCGCCUUAGUUACCUGACUCCUUCUGGGAGGAAGAACGAGAUCGAGAUUCCAGUAGACAGCACCUCUUACAUCCUAAGGUCAUUAGAUGCAGGGAUAGAGUACACCAUCAACCUCGUGGCGGAGAAAGGGAGGCACAAGAGUAAACCCUCAACAGUGACUGGCACGACUGAGGAGGAACCUGAGCUGGGGAACGUAUCAGUCUCAAAAGUUCACUGGGAUGGAUUCCAGCUCACCUGGACCGCCGCCGAUGGGGCCUAUGAGAGCUUUAUUAUCCAGGUGCGGGAAUCCAAUCUACCCGAAGAUGCAAGGAAUCUCACUGUUCCUGGUGGUUUAUGGUCUGUGGACCUCACUGGCCUCCUACCAAACACUCUCUACACCAUCACCCUUUAUGGGGUCACUCAGGGCUACAGAACAAAACCCCUCCAGGUUGAAUCUACGACAGCCACCAAACCAGACGUUGGUGAUCUAACCAUUUUGGGCAUCACCCCUGAAAGCUUCAACCUUUCCUGGACGGCCACCAACCAAGCCUUCAAGAUGUUUACCAUUGAGAUUAUUGAUUCCAACAGGUUGCUGGAGCCCAAGGUGUAUAAUGUCUCUGGCAAUUUGAGAACUGCACAUAUCUCAGGGUUGUCCCCCAAAACUGAUUUCAUUAUCUACCUCUAUGGAGUCACUAAUGGUUUCCGGUCUCAGACACUGACUGCUGCAGCUACUACAGAAGCAGAGCCAGAAGUGGACAACCUGUUGGUGUCCGAUGCUACACCACAUGGCUUCCGUCUUUCUUGGACAGCAGACGACGGCGCCUUUGAUAGUUUUGUUCUUAAAAUCAGGGCUGCCAACAUACUCUCAGACCCUCUGGAGCUCAUUGUGCCAGGCCACGAACGCACCCAGGACAUAAUAGGGCUGAAGGAAGGCAUGGAGUAUUACAUUGAUCUCUAUGGAGUUACCAGUGGACGGCGUUCGCAACCCAUAAAUGCAAUAGCCACGACAGCCAUGGGAUCACCCAAGGAUAUCACAUUCUCAGAUAUCACUGAAAACUCAGCGAUGGUCAGCUGGACUGCUCCAGUGGCUCGUGUGGACAGCUACCGGCUUACCUACGUUCCAGUAACAGGAGGUCCUUCCACUUCUGUGACAGUAGAUGGAAACAAGAGCAGGACCAGACUAGCCAGGCUGAUUCCUGGUGUGGAGUACACUGUCAGCAUUAUCUCAGUCAAAGGGUUUGAGGAAAGCGAGCCUGUUUCUGGAUCUUUCACUACAGCCCUGGAUAGCCCGUCGGGACUAAAGGCUGUAAACAUCACAGAAUCUGAAGCAUUGGCUGUCUGGCAACCAGCAAUAGCUGCAGUAGAUGAAUAUGUGAUUUCCUACAUUACUGAUGGUGCACCGGAAGUGACGCAGAGAGUCUCUGGAAAUACGGUGGAAUAUGAUCUCUUAGACCUUCGCCCAGCCUCUGAGUACACACUCAAGAUUUACGCCAUUAAAGAUUCACAGAAAAGUAGAAUCAUCUCCACCAAGUUUACUACAGCUCUUGAUACUCCAAGGGACCUGACCACCACUGAUGUCCAGUCUGAAACAGCACUGGUGAAAUGGAAGCCUCCCCGUGCGCCAGUCACAGGUUACCUCCUCAUCUACGAGUCCAUUGAUGGCAAGCUCAAGGAGGUGAUCCUGGGACCCGAAUCGACGUCCUACGGUUUGUCAGACUUGAGUCCGUCCACUCAGUACACUGUGAAGUUGCAGGCAUUGAACCUGAACCUGAGAAGCAAGACCAUCCAAACGGUUUUCACAACAACCGGGCUUCUGUAUCCUUACCCCAGGGAUUGCUCCCAAGCUCUGCUGAAUGGAGAGACAACCUCUGGCCUCUACACAGUUUAUUUAAAUGGUGACCAGUCACAGCCAGUCGAAGUUUACUGUGACAUGACUUCUGAUGGCGGAGGAUGGAUUGUGUUUUUAAGAAGGCAGAAUGGAGCAGAGGAUUUCUACAGAAACUGGAGGACAUACGAGGCUGGCUUUGGUGACCCCAAGGGUGAAUUCUGGCUGGGUCUGGAUAAGCUGCACAAGAUAACUUCCGCAGCCCAGUAUGAACUGCGUGUGGAUCUGCGGGAUCAUGGAGAGACUGCCUAUGCUCUCUAUGAGAAGUUCACUGUGGGAGAUGCCAGGACUCGCUAUCGGCUCAAAGUUGAUGGAUACAGUGGCACAGCAGGUGAUUCAAUGACCUAUCAUAAUGGAAGGUCCUUUUCGACCUUUGACAAAGACAACGAUUCGGCCAUCACAAACUGUGCAUUAUCAUACAAAGGAGCGUUCUGGUACAAAAACUGCCACCGGGUCAACCUGAUGGGGAGAUAUGGGGACAACAGCCACAGUCAGGGUGUCAACUGGUUCCAUUGGAAAGGCCAUGAAUAUUCCAUCCAAUUUGCCGAGAUGAAACUGAGGCCCUACAGUUUCCGGAACCUGGAAGGGAGGCGGAAAAGAGCAUAGACCACCCUCCGUGAUCCGAGAGAGAGAUUGAGACAAAAUUGAACUGGGAAGAAAGUUUGUUUGUUUCUUCCUAGGAAAUUGGGGAAGGGAAAUUAGCAGUGAGGAUGGGUCCUUUACCAAAGCAUUGGUGUUGCUCAACCUAACCUUGGCUCCUUUGACCGUGUUUUUUUAAAAGGGGGGAUAGUGGGUGGGAAAGCCUUCUUCAAACCAUAGCAUGCUCAAUGGGGCACCCUUCUUCUGUACAUAAACGGCUUGUUUUGCACCAAAGAUGACGAUCCAGAGGGAGAUUUGGGGGGACAAUUUUCUAUACUGUCUCCCCCCACAACUCUUUGGUCAACAGAAAUCUUUGGGCAAGGGCUCUUUAAGAGGAAAAAAGAGAUAAUCGGGCACUUCUCCAAGCAAACCCGCUUUGUUUCUAUUCUUUUUUUCCAUUCCAAAACAUGUCACUUUCAUGAGCAUUGUUAGCCAUCCUUAAGCUUGAGCUGGUCACCUUUAUGUUUUUUUUCUCUCUUCCUUUUCAACCAUAUAUACAUAUAUAUAUGGAGCCAUGCAGAAAAGAGGGCACAAAGACAAGCAAUCCUGUUUCAACUUUUCUGCCUAAAGUUAAUAUUAUUAAUAUAAUGAAAAUAAUAAGGAUGAUGGUAAUAAGCUAAAUUUUGUCAUUUAUUUGUAAAGAAAGAAGGAAAGAGAAACCCAUGCUUUCCAAAAGACAACAGGGCAGUGUCUGAUUGUAAAUGUUUUUAAAGAAAAAAAAUUGAAUAAAAGCACAAUUUUACUUUUA